GUCGAUUGUCUUGAACAGACAGGCUAAUAAUCAGUUACUUUAUUAACUACAUGUCCAGUUUUAAUGAAAUUAAUCUUUAAACUCUUUAUUAGUAACGUCUUACCUUAUUUUAAAUCCUUGCUGGUGUGGAGCUCCAUUAAUGUCCGUGUCAUCCUCUGGUUUAAAAUGGUGAAGCGGGCUCACAGACAAAGGGGAGGAUCUUACUAUUUCCCGAAUUUUUUAACCCAAUAUGCUGGGUCAGAAUUUUUAACCCAAUGAUGUGUUAAAUUGACCCAACCUCUAAAAAUUCAGCCUCAACCCAGCAGUUGGGUUAGAAAAAUAACCCAGCAUUUUUAAGAGUGAGGGAUUAUACUUUUUAGUCCUUUUAGUGUUCGUUCUUAAAAUUUAUUUUUUAUGCAUUUUUAGGUUGUGUUUUGUUUUUUAAUGUUUCAAUUUCUGUGAAGCACAUUGGUCGCUUUUAUACUGUUGUAAGGGGAGAUGGAGGGACAGAGAGGACUAGGACAUCUGGAGAAACAUGGAAUGAACUGAGGAGACGAGGGACACAGCACAUGAAAUUCAGUUGGCAGUCUGCACUUUUACAUGUUAAAUAUUCAGUAUAAAUCAUUUAAAAUAAUAUUUAGAAAAAAAUGUGUAUUUAUUUUAUUUACUUUGCUAGUGCCACAUAUAUCACAACAAAUAUAACAUAAAAUAAUUCUAAAACAUGGCGGAAGUGCAAAACAAACACCAGAGGAUUGUUGGCUCAACAACUUUUCUUUCCUCCUCCCGCGCUCCAGGCAGGAGGAGGAUCCGCGGCUGUUCUUCCUGAUGCGACAAACCGACACGCCGCAGUCCUUUACAAGCAGUUGGACAUAAGACAUCAGCAGAUCUGAGCUAUGGCGCGCUCCAAGACGAGGGUGUACACUUGUUGCGCGCUUUUGGUGCUGCUUGCUAUUGCCAUAAUUGUGUGCCUCGCUUUACUGAGGCGCAAAUGCCCACGAGACACUUUCCCUAAAGCUGCUGUUGCUGCAGACUCAUGGAAAUGCUCCGAGAUUGGAAGAGACAUUCUCCAACAAGGAGGCUCCGCAGUAGAUGGCGCCAUUGCUGCUCUCCUCUGCACCUCCAUCAUGAACCCACAGAGUGCAGGGAUUGGAGGGGGCUCCAUCUUCACAGUGAUGGACAGCUCUGGUGAGGUGAAAAUAAUCAACUCCAGAGAGACUGUGCCCUCACAAGUGGAACCAGACCUGCUGACGUCCUGUUCAAAGCAGCUGAUAGGAAGCAAAUGGAUCGGCGUUCCAGGGGAAAUUCGAGGCUAUGAAAAGGCACACAAGCUUUAUGGAAAGUUACCGUGGGCCGACCUCUUUCAGCCAACCAUCGAGCUGGCUAGGAAAGGGUUUCCAGUUCCACCAGUUCAAGGAGAAUACAUCCCAUACAUUCCAGAUGAAAACAUGACUCAGCCUCUAAGGAAGUUGUAUUCAGACGAGAAUGGAAACUUGCUGAAGACUGGAGAAAUUGUGAAAUUUGAGAAACUGGCCAACACUUUGGAGAUUAUUGCAAAAAAUGGAGCAGACAGUUUUUAUUCAGGGAAAAUAGCCAAGGAUUUAAUCCGUGAUGUGCAGGAGGCAGGAGGAAAACUCACGCUGGAGGACCUGGCAUCGUAUAACGUUACAGUGACUGAUGCAUGGAUUGUCCCUAUAGGAGAGUACCAGAUGUACACACCUCCACCUCCUGCAGGAGGGUUCCUCCUCAGCCUCAUCCUCAACAUCAUGACAGGGUUUCAGAUGAAAUCACCUCCUCGCUCUGAUGAUGAAAAGACAUUGUUUUAUCAUCGCUACAUUGAAGCUUUUAAAUUUGCCAAUGGACUGAAGUCACACAUCCGUGACCCACGCUUUUUUUCAGACAAAAUGGCCAAAGAAAUGAUGAACACUGACUUUAGCAGCCACAUUCGGAGUUUAAUCAGUAGUGACAGGACACAUGAUCCCCAGUAUUACAAUACCUCCUCAUAUCUGGACAGCCUGGGUACCACACACGUGUCCGUGCUGGCUGAAGAUGGAUCUGCUGUUUCUGUCACCAGCACCAUCAAUCACAUAUUUGGCUCCAGGAUAUACUCCUCAAGCACCGGUGUCAUCCUCAACAAUGAGCUGGCUGACUUUUGUGGCAGAGCCAACAGCUUCUCCCCUGGAGAGCAACCCCCCUCCUCUAUGGCCCCUGUUGUGCUGAAGUCUCAGUCAAAGAUUCUUUUGAUUGGAGCGUCUGGUGGGAGUAUGAUCACGACUGGGUUGGCCUCGGCGCUCAUCAACCACCUUUGGUUUGGAAAGAGCCUUAAAGAGGCAAUAGCCUCUCCUGUUGUUUUUAUUAAUUCUAAAAAUGCAGCAAAGUUUGAACCAGGCUUUGAUGAGGAUGUUAUUAAGACCCUUAAAGCUCGAGGACACAAUCAUGAACCUCCAGGCAAAUUUUACAACGUGGUCAACGCUGUGGAAAAGGUAGACGGCUGCGUUUGCGCAGUGUCUGACAAAAGGAAACGUGGAGAGGCAGCUGGUUACUGAGAACGAGUCAGUAAUGCGGAAUAAAAAAAGGCAGCAGAAGGAAUUUGUCCUGCUGGACCAUCACUGAACAAGACACUGAAAAACUGUUUUGAUCAACUUGAUGUAAUGAUUUAAAUGACAUGUUAUUUAAUAAGCCAUAAGGCGUAGGAUUCCAUAGGAACUAUGAAAUCCACCUUACGGAUCUGUGAGGUUAUUUAAACCAGAAGAUUGGAAUUUUUUAUUGCAGGGAUUAGAUAACGGCUUCGUAUUCACUGUGGUAGUUUUUAACUCUAAGUGAUAAGUUUUGGAUGAUCCAGUGGGCUCAUUUUGGCUGUUUGGUUUUAAGGUUAACUUUGUUUGUGCAAUUUUACUGACCUCGGUUUUAAACACCUUUCGUUGUGGUAAAGCGUUUAAAAUAUGUUUUUACCAGGUGUUUUUAGUCAGUGGAUUGUUUUGGAACUUUUAUCAACUUCAGGAAUUUAAAACACUUUCUGUUCGGUUAAGCUUUUAAUACAAGUUUUAACCAGGUGUUUUAUAGUUGAUAAUUUGCUGUGUAAUGUUAACCUUUUAGAGAGAUCUGUUUGCUUGUGUUUUUAAUACCUUUUUGUUACAAAUAAACCCAUUUGAAACUC